GAAAAGUUGAUAUUUUUGAUAAAGACCACGAAGUUUCUCGAUAUAUAGAAGACAUAAAGUGUAUCAAAACACAUUACAAUUACAAUAGCAAACAUAUUUAUGAUAUAAUCCAAAACGCUGAAAAUAAUAUAAAGUGCAAUUCUACGUGUAAGCGUAUGUGUACAGAAAAGGCUACGCUGACUAGUGCAAUUCUACGUGUAAGCUGCAAUUCUACGUGUAAGCGUAUGUGCGCAGAAAAGGCUACGCUGACUAGUGCAAUUCUACGUGUAAGCGAUGAAGAAACAUCACCUGAGGUAAUGGAAUUUUUGCUCCCUCAAGGUUCUUCCAAUUCAAAUGAAAAUGAAGGUGAAGGUAGCGACUGCAACAAUGGUUCUUCCAAUUCAAAUGAAAAUGAAGAGGAAGGUAGCGACUGCAACAAUGGCUCUCACAAUUCAAGUGAAAAUGAAGGGGAAGGUAGCAAGGCACUUGUAUAUGAUAUUCUUAAGGAUAUUAUUUCAGCAUCUCAAGCUGAAAAGAAUAAUUUGCAGGAUCGAGUUCUACAUGAAGUCUUUGACGAGAUAGACGAUUAUAUUACGGAUGAAAUUCAUAAUUAUCUUACGGACUUCUUUAAUACUGACCGUGGGCAUCAAGGAUGGUGUGAAGUGGCUCGAAGUAUAACAAUUUGUGAAGAAGAUUCCGAACAGUUAAAAGAUACGAAGGGACUAUUAAAGGAUACAUUUGGGCGAUUUAUAAAGGCUUUCUCUUUAGGUCCACUAAACCCGUUGAGAAAUAUUUCAACCUUAGAGAGACCACAUUUAAACCAAUUUGUUCACCCACUAAUUGAUAGCUCAUUGUGGAUUUUUGCAGGGAUAAAUUAUAUAUCUGGCGAAAUUCCUCUGAAGGGAAAAAUAAAAAGCAACGCGGACGGUAUUGGAUUUCUCAAUGAUGUUUCGGAUUAUCAAAUUGCUUGCAUGGAGGGGGCAAAGCCUGGAGCGAGAAAAAAAAAGAUUAUUGACGAUGACACAAAGAAUAUAAGAAAUAUGACGCAAUUAUUCAAUAAUAUAAUUGUAUCGGAGGCAACUGAACGACGACAGAUUUAUACAGAUCUCCGAACAUAUGGAGCCACAGCGUAUAAAACUGAGAUAUCUCUCACGAUGAUGGAUUUUCGCAUGUAUCGUUUAUUCGAGGUAGAUCGAUUUAGUCUCCCGAAGGAUUGGGUGGAUAUUCCUAAUUUCGUUUUUGUGUACGAAGCUUUGAUCAAAUGGGCAGUGUGUGCUCAUCAUACAAGAGAAGGGCUGAUUGCACAACGAAAGAAAAGGAGAAUAGGAAGAUAUUCCGAAUCAAGAAUCGUUAAAAAACUCAAUUGUUUAAAGUG